GUCACGAGGCUGACUCCCUUCCUGCUGCAUCACAGCAGCCUUUAGCAGCUCUGGUAGGACUUGUGACCGCGGGGGCCGGAAUAUACACCGCUCGUUCACAGAAAACAGCAACCUUUAGCAGGUUUAACAACAUAGUAACACGGAGGGCUCGGUGUCAGGAAGUGGUUGCAGUGCGAUAACCCCGCUCCAGUUGUUGGGAUAUGGCCAGGCCGGAACAGGUUCUGCUCUUGGAGCCUCAGCACGAACUGAAAUUCAGAGGUCCGUUUUCAGACGUGGUCACCACAAAUCUUAAGCUCUCCAACCCUACAGACAGGAAUGUAUGUUUUAAGGUCAAGACGACAGCGCCCCGCCGGUACUGUGUGCGGCCUAACAGCGGCAUUAUUGAUGCAGGCACCUCAAUCAAUGUCUCUGUCAUGUUGCAACCCUUUGAAUACGAUCCAAAUGAAAAAAGUAAGCACAAGUUUAUGGUCCAGUCCAUGCUAGCACCUCCUGACAUGACUGACAUGGAGGGAGUGUGGAAAGAAGCAAAGCCAGAGGAGUUGAUGGACUCUAAGCUGAGAUGUGUUUUUGAGAUGCCAAUGGAGAAUGAAAAAACUCAUGAUAUGGAGUCCAAUAAGAUGUCGUCGAGCUUGCUGAAGUCAGAGUCAUCUGCGCUGUCCGUGAAGUCGCUGAGCUCCACCCUGGACGAUGGAGAAGUAAAAAAGAUAAUGGAGGAGUGCAAGAGGCUGCAGAUGGAGGCUCAAAGGCUACGGGAAGAAAACAAACAGAUAAGAGAAGACGAUGGUGUCCGGAGGAGGAAGACCAACAUCAUGUCAUCCCAGCAUGCCUCAGGCUCCAUGAAGAGGGAGGAAGGUUUGAGUGCCCGCUCCAUGGCCCUCAUCCUCCUCUUCUUCAUCGUCGGCGUCAUCGUGGGGAAGUUGGUGUUGUAGAGCGCAGCACUUCGGUCGGCCGCAGCAUGCUUUCAUGGUGGAUGAAAAUACACGCAGGAUCUGGGAUUUUUGGAUCAGAAUGCCAUAUUUGCUGA